AUGCAUUUCUCUACUGCAAUUGUCGCCUCCGUGGCCCUCCUGGCUCCUCUCGCCAGCGCUGUCGGCAACGCCGUCGUCAAGAACAACUGCCCCUACCCCGUCUACCUGUGGUCCGUCGGAAGCGCUGUUGGUCCUAAGCAGACCAUCGCCGCGGGCAAGAAAUACACCGAGGUCUUGCGCCACGACCCUGUUUCUGGCGGUAUCGCGAUCAAGAUCACCAAAACCGCGAACGGCCUGUAUGACGGCAGUCCCCAGACCAACUUUGCCUACACCUUGGAUGGUAGCCAGAUCUGGUAUGAUCUGUCGGAUGUCUUCGGAGACCCAUUCUCUGGCAAGGGUAUGGCGGUUGACCCUUCAGUUGCUACUUGCCCUGAUAUCUGCUGGCCGAAUGGUGUUUCGCCCAGUGGUAGCCAGACUCAUGACUGCACGUCCACGUCGAGCAUUACCUUAACUCUGUGCUCAACCAAGUGCUAG